AUGCGAGAUUACUGGUACGAGAAAAAUGCUACGUACCACGUAAUAAUAUUUAGCUUGAAGCUGUGCACCGAAGACAACGGUGGCAAGAAUGACGGCAACGAACGCUCACCUGCACCCCGAGCUCUGCCUGUGAGGACGAUCAGUGAACCACUACGAGGAACCCAAACCCCCGGCGACACCUGCCAAGUGUACUUCAGAGAGGACACACCGGCCAUCCUGUCCAAGGCGGGCAGCAAUUCCAACCUGUCCGUGCUGUCCAUCUACUCGGCCCCGCCGCGGAACGCUCCCGACACCUCCGAUAGCAGCAACCUGAGCGACGCGGACCUGCUGGAGGACUGCAUACAGAAGGGGAUCGCUAACAACCUCAACAAUUCAUCUAGCAUUUUCCCAGCAAAUAAAUCACACUCGGGCGCUGAUGCUAAGAGCGCAUUCAGGAGGGGUAACGGGCGAACAAGUGGGGAUUUUCUGCGAGACACGGUUCGCGAUAUCGGGCCUACAAGUAGACCGAGGCCGGAAAUUGACUUGUCGGCGUAG